AUGUUAAACGGUCAUAAGUUCCUUGUACUACCGAAUGAAGAUACUAGUAGGCGUCGGUACAUGCGUACUUUGAUCGAUAAAAAUGGUGGUCAACAUGGGGUAGAGAUUGGUUUGAUUGAUGAUAGUUUUGUCCAUGGUGACCAUAUUAUUAAUCACAAGUUGUUCUAUAAGGAAAUGAAUCCGAACGAUGUUCCCUUAGAUCAAUUGCGUCUAUUCAAACUUUCUGAUUUGACCAAAUGGUUGAAACAUAGGUUCUUGGAUUUCUCGAAACCUUUGAAGUUGCAUGAGGAAGUUGUAGUGGAGACGGACUCGCAAGAGUCCAAUACUGGUGUCCCGGAUACGCACCAAGUUACCAGUCCGAGCGAAACCCAUGACACAGCGGAUACAAAUGUCAGUCACUCUUCUGAUGCGAAUCUAAUAAUGCCUAUGAAUAAUCCGAAUUACAAACUUAUAAAGGUGCUCAAAAGUUUAGAGAAAAGGUAUAAAUUACAAAACGAUACGUUUAGAUAUUUAGGUUAUAUGAAAAUGAUAAAGAUUCUUCAAAACGUUAGGGUGAAGAUCGAAUCUGAGGAAGAUGCUAUAGAGAAUGGGUUAUCGAAAGGGUUAUCGAAAAAGAUUCCGUUUCUUCUUAAACUAGGCGAAUCUGGCUCUGAGUUGAAGAUGGAUACCAGUGAGCAAACUUUACUGUAUUUUCAAGAAUGUCACGGGAUAGGUGCUUUCAAAUCGAAACAAUACGUGAAUAUGGGAUACUCUACUUUUGAAGAUCUUAUACCGUACAUGAAUUGGACGCAAUUGACUGGAUUAGCGUUCUAUGAAGAUUGGCAGUUGUCUAUUCCUAGAGAGGAAACAAUGAAACAUGAAGCCAUAAUACGGAAAGCAAUGAACGAAGUUAAUGAGAACCUCUGCAUGGAGAUAACGGGAUCAUAUCGUCGGGGCCAACCCAGAAGUGGCGAUAUCGACAUUGUAGUUCAUAUGCCGGGGCAAAAUGAUUUGAACUAUAUAUCACGAGAAUUGGAAAAAGUCAUCAUUAAAUUGACUGAAACAGGAUACAUCAUCUGUCCUUUGAAUUUGAACGAGACUUUAAAAAGUCUGUUCCAACCAUGGUUCCACAAAUUAUUUUCUCAUUUCAACAAACCAUUUGACGUCAAAGCCUACGAUGAACCAGUGCACAAGUUCUAUUGCGGUGCUGCUGUCACCAAAUAUGAACCGGACAGAAUCAAAGAUGCAGAUGCUUUAACUUUAAAAGGGAACGACAAGAAGUAUAAAAUGGAUAUUGGUAAAACUUGCCGCCGAGUAGAUUUCUUAUUAGCUGAAUAUCAAGGCCUCGGUGCCACUAAUGUGUAUUUCACUGGUAAUAACAAUUUCAACAAAAAAUGUAGGACAAUUGCCAAACAAAAAGGAUACGUACUAAGUAACGAUGGGAUAUACAAGGAUGGACAAUUGAUACCUGUUGCGGACGAAUAUGAAAUCCUUGAUAUGAUUGGGGUAGAUAAACUCAAACCCACUGAGAGGAAUUUGUAA